AGUGAUCUCACCUCUUCUCCACCCCCAAUAUCGCUUCUUUUUACGACCGAGCGCUGCGUCUUGAGCUGACAACUAACGUUAAAUCGGUCAUUUUAAAGUGGGGUUCCGUGCUCAGGACCACUGAACGGCCAUGGAAGAACUUACGGCGUUCGUCUCGAAAUCUUUCGAGCAGAAAACCAAGGAGAGCAGUAAGGAGAGUAUCACGUACAGGGAAGUUUUGGAGAGUGGCUUGGCGCGGGCGAGGGAGCUGGGGAACUCGGAGACAAGUCUACAGGACAUAACGGAAGGCAGCAACCACUGUCCGGUACAUCUAUUCAAGGAGCACGUAGAGCUAGAGAAAGAAAAACUGAAGGAGUUUAACGUUUCACGGGCCACGGAAGGGAUAUAUGAGUGUAAAGAGAAGAAGGAGGACGUAAAGUCUGAGGACGAGGACGCACAAAGCAAACUGAAGCAGCGACGGAGCAGGACAAACUUUACUCUGGAACAGCUCAAUGAGCUGGAGCGCCUGUUCGACGAAACACACUACCCCGACGCAUUCAUGCGGGAAGAGCUGAGCCAGAGGCUGGGACUGUCAGAGGCGAGAGUGCAGGUUUGGUUUCAAAACAGAAGAGCGAAAUGUCGAAAACAAGAAAACCAGAUGCAUAAAGACACCUCUUCAUACUUUCCAGGUGUCACUCUGGGAAUUGCCAGUCAUCUGGAUGCCUGCAGAGUAGCUCCAUAUGUCAACAUGGGAGCGCUACGGAUGCCUUUUCAACAGGUCCAGGCCCAGCUCCAGUUGGAGGGCGUGGCUCACUCCCACCAUCACCUACACCCUCACCUGGCGGCGCAUGCACCCUACCUGAUGUUCCCGCCCCCGCCCUUUGGACUACCAAUCGCCUCUCUCGCGGACUCAGCCUCUGCAGCGGCGGCCGUGGCGGCGGCUGCCAAGAGCAACAGCAAGAACUCUAGCAUCGCUGACCUCCGACUCAAGGCAGGACUUCUGCGGGGCCAGUGGCUCAGUCCACUCCAGGCACACAUCACAAGUCCAGGACCGUACAAACACAUGUGGAUGUCUGUCUGAGCCGAGGGCCGGGCCGGGCCAGGCCAGACCGGGAGACUUUAGAACAAAGCAAACUGGCAAAGCAGGCAAGCAGGGCCAAAUACUAGAGCCUCACUGAUGCCGAUGCCGUCACGUUGACUUUACAGACUAUUGUGUGUUUGGGAAAAGACACUGACACCACGAGGCAUCGGACUAAACAUUACACACACAAAAAAAAGACAAAAAUUAAGAAAAAAAGAGAAAAGAAAUGGCCACGUUCUCUGUGUAACCACUGUGUUGUUUCCUGCCGCUGCCCAGUGCAUGAGUUCUAUUGGAGGACUGCAGACGUAUCACGGAGGCUGGCCAUGUUGUGUCCGACCUAACACCCCAACUCUGUUGUAUCACUGCCAUUCAAAAUUCCCACUAUAUAUACUCUCAUCCACAAAGUCAAAGAUCAUUGGGGUUUGAUUUCCUUGAAACUGUGGACUGACAGGAAUAGGCUAAUCUAAUCCCUUACUAUCUGCUUUUGGAGGAUGGAAAGUGUAAAUGUGUUUUGCUGGGAAUGAGUCCAAAAUAAGUUUUUUUUUUUGCUGUUCUCCUCACAUUGUUCUCUCUCUCUCUCUCUAGCUUUCUUUCUUUCUGUUUAUCGUGAUGUUUCUUGGGAAUAGAAGUGAAGAUAUUCUUUGCACUUCAGGUCUUGUAUGUGGGAGUUUACAAACAGCACUACAAGCAGAUACUACUUUACUAAAUGAGGGUGGGGAAAGGAACCGAUUUGGGUUUUUAUCAUGUUAUCAAAAAGAGACGUUCACAAAACGUUUAGAAGGAUAAAGGGUAUAACUGCAAUUUUUUGUAAUUUUGAAAAUAUGAAGGAAGCAUCAGUUAAACUGAAAUGCAAUUGUGCGCAGUUUAAGUGCAAUACUGUAAAUAUGAAGAAAAAAAAAGAGAGAGAAAAGCAGUUAAUUGUUAGAGAUAAACAAAUGAUUUGCAGUGAUUUGUUUCAGGGCACUGAUAAAUCCGUGUGUUGAAUUUCUUUGCCAAGCAGACCCGUUUUUUCUAAAGCAUUGUAUAUUAUGUUAUGUUGCGAACUCAUCCUCAAUCAUGUGCCAUAACCCCAGAAAUGCAAUGGUUUUCAAACAUCGUUUUGUACACAUCAGGAAACUAUAAUAACUUGUUGAGGUAGACAUGAGCACCUGGGUUUGAUGCUGAAAUUAAUAACUGAAACUAGGAUCUGAAAUAAUUUAUCAUAAUCUAUUGCGUUAACAUGAGACAAAGCAUUAUGUCAAAUUCCACCAAAGAUUCUAACAAAUGUUCCAAUUGAUGUUAUAGGAAAAAUAAAACCAAGGCAGUGUUAGGCCUGUACAUGUCAAACUUGCAUUUAUUUGCAUGUUCAUGUUGCAAUUUCAUGGUUUAAUAAACCAAAUAAAUAAUGCCUACUAGCAAGUAUUAUAUUUGAAACAUUUGCAAAUUCAGAGGAUAAUGUUUUGUGUCAUUGAGAAGCAGAUCCUAGUAAGGUCUACCUCAAACAAUGUUUUACCAACACUUUCUCUGUUCUCAAACCACCAUUGACAGUUAUUUAGCAAUGUCUCCAUUUUAAAUUAAACACAUGGGUGCUUUUAUUUAUUAUUUUUGUCUGAAAGUUUAUACAAUUAAAAAAAUAGUUGAAAUACAAGUGUACAUUUUGACAUGGCUUUGCAUUUAUUUUUAUAUGUUUUUUUAAAUGUUACAUUUGCAACGGGAGAUGCGUGGCUGUUGUGCAUUGUUUGCCUAAAAUGUAGUGUGUCAGCAUUUACAAACAUUUCAGGGAUGGUUGAAUUUGAUUAAAAGCUCCAUUGAAUUUGUUAUGCCCACCACAAGUAUUAUCAUUUCAUAUGCAAGCAUGCCUAAACAUGAUUCACUAUACAGUUUGUAUUUUUUCCCCUUUGAUUCACAAAAUAUGAAUGUACAAGUAAACUAUCAAUAAAGUUAUAAAUAUUUGUACUGAA